GGCGGCGGUCAGUAUUGCCCGGCGAAAUCCGGUGACGUCAGUGCGGUCGAUCGUGUUCCCGGUCGUCGCGGGGCGGUGAUCGUGGUGACCUGGUGCGACGGUGGUGAUCGGGUGAUAUUUUUCCUCUGCCACGGUAUUUUCGACCCACGGGCCACCUGUCAAAAAUCUCGUGACGUUCCAUCUGCAGCGGCGGCUCGCCGCUUUCCAACGCGAUGGUCGACUAAAGGCGUCGCGGAAAAGUAAGCGACGCUCUUCGCGCGAUCGAAUUACUCAACGAUUUGCUCAAACGAUGCGACUCGACAGCGAGGCCGUCCGCACGAACUACGACACGGACGCGAAUUACUGCUGCGAUAUGGAAGUCGCGUUCGACGACGACGCCGAAGACGACGUCGAAACCCAGAAGGCGACCGAACGGCUCGUGUCCUUAAACCGGGAAUUUAGCCUGGAAGGUGACGUUGCAGCGGUCGCCGCGAAAGACGUGGACCACGUGGACCUUCGGGAGGAGGAAUUGGGGCCGCGUUCCGAUUUCGUGCCCGAGGUGCAGAGCUGCGUCGAGGUCGAAUCGUCCGGCUCGUCGCAAACGGCAACGCGAUACGACGACCGCUACGCGUUCGACGUAGAACUGGCCAGUCAAUUGACUGUGCUCGAACCAGACCAAAACUUUACUGUCCACGAGCACAGUUACGAGAUGUACGAGGAAAUUGUCGAACCGUGCGCCGACAACUUCGACGUCAGAUUCGACGAAUUGUCCGAUUCGGGCUCGAGUCGCGGCGGCGAAGCGAGUUUGAUGUCGCCCGAGAGCGAAUCCGCCGACGAUCAGCAGAACGAAACCGAUCUGACGAGUCUCAAUUGGCUCCACAACAUCACCAACAUCAUGGGAGUUCCGAAUUUGCCGACGCCGCCCGUCUCGCCCAAACCGAAGGCGCGCCGGCCCCAGAACACGGCGCAGGGGGGCGGCAACCCGCCCCCGAAACCUGCCGACCUAACGAUCGACAUCACGUCGUACAAGAAAAACGGCGACAAAAAACCGCCGUUUUCAUACGCCACCCUUAUCUGCAUGGCGAUGGGCAAGAACGGCAACAAGAUGACGCUCAGCGCCAUCUACCACUGGAUCAGGGAGAAUUUCCUCUACUACCGUAAGGCGCAUCCGAGCUGGCAGAAUUCGAUCAGGCACAACCUGUCGCUCAACAAGUGUUUCGUGAAGCAGGCGAGGUCGAGGGACGAGCCGGGCAAAGGAGGUUUCUGGAAACUGGACCUAGAAAGACUGGAGGAGUCGCGCAGGUCGAAACGUCGGUCGAGUUUGACGGUGCGCGCGCCCAAGAACCGACCGACUACCGUCGACGCCCCGAAACACGUGAACAAGUCGCCGAAAAAGGCGCGCAGGUGUCCGCCUUCGGUGCCAGGCGAGCGCAAACACAACAUCCUGUCCAACAUAUCGAUCUGCGGCUCGACCGACAUCGAGAACGUGGAGGAGGCGGCCAGAAGGGCGUCGAAGGCGGUCAAGGCGCGACCCGAGCCCGCCCCCAUCGCCGUUCCCCCGUCCAUGCCCCAGGAGCCGCCCCUGGCGGAGGCGCUCGCCCCGCCCAUCGUCACCGAAGACGACCUGACCGGUUUACUGCUCGCCACCAACGGCUGGGACGACUGCCAGCUCGAGAUGCUCGACUCGUUGCUGGAUUCGCUUUAAAAAAAAUAUUUUUCAUUCGAUGAUAAUCCACAGAGUGUUUUGUGCCUUUGUCCAACACCGGAGUGUCUAUUUACGUAGAUCUACAAUUGUACAUAGUUUACAUACGGAUUUUAUACGGCAGGUAUCGAAAGGGGUUCGUGGUUUGUUACACGUGGUGUGCGCGACGACAGCGACGCGCAGCGGGACGGAUGGUACAACUAGGUUGACAUUUUUUAAGCUAGAAAAAUUUCAUUUCAAGCGGAAUUAGCUUCGUGAUUAGAAAAAGUUGAACGGAAUUUUAAAAACGUCACGGGAAAAGGAUUCUUUACAUUUUAAAGCAGCUACAGUUAGCGUAAUACCAUUUUGGAAUGACGUCACGCGACGUACGAUUCAAAUAAGUAUUUCUUGACCCGAUGAUAACCAAAACGUAUACAGUGAUGAGGUAUAAGAAAACCAGAGUUGGUCUUAAAGGAUUUUAUAACUUUCAGAGCUAAAAUUUUCUGCAAAUAAGUUACUAACAUGCUGCAUUCCUUGUUUGAAACGCCCACAUCACAACUAAAUUCUUGACGAAUAUACCCUGAAGAAACCACAAUGAUUUGUUUCAAUUUUGUUUGUCUCUGCCAGUUGACAUGGGUUAAACAAAAAUAACCAAAAGUGACGUCAUUUCAGAAAGGUAAUGCAUCAACUAUAAAAAGCGAUCUCAUUAGAACGUUAUUGGAGAUACCAAUGAUCCUAUCUACUAAUAAUAAUAAUAAUAUUUAUUUUCAAAUCGACCAAUACGGUCUUUUUAUGGGAAAUUGUCAAACACACAAAAUAAAAUGGCGCCUAAUUUACUUAUCCAAGACUACAAAAAGUAAUCUAUAAGUCACAUGUCUCUUAAGAUAAUAAGAACUAUUAAAUUUUACGGAACUCUAAAGUUGUCUUUGAAAAUUACUAUUCAACAUAAAACCUGAUUCAGUUUGAAACACAUUAUUUUUUUUAAUAGGUUUUGUACCUCCUCAAAAUAUCUUUACCUUUACCUAAUACCAAAGAAGACCAAUGAGUUUUAAAAUGCAUGUUUUUUUAUUUAGGACGAUUCAAAGAACCUUUACAUCAUAUGCUGACAGCAAAUCUUGGCAGCUGUCAACUGUUUUCCGUUGUAAAUUUUUUUUGACCUUUGGAAAGAACAAAGCUAGCGAAUAUCCAAUAUUUUUGUUUUUUUGGAUAGCUUUUUCUUUUGCUUCUUUAUCCAUUUUUGUAAUAAGGAGAGAGAAAGCAAUCUGGCAUACCCGUGUUUGUAAAUUUUGUAUGUGGAGACACAAAGGACCUUCAUCAUUAGAAAAAUUGCAUAUAUUUACUUCUUUUUAAAAAAGAUCUCGGCAGUAUCGCCUUCGUUAGCGGAAAAAUGCAUAAAGACGAAAAUCACCCACGUCAGUAAAAAUUCCCGUGAAAUACAAAACCUCAAAUUAAACUGCGGGACUUUGAAAUAUCGAUAACGUGGUUUUCAAAUAAUGCCACACAUAUAUUUUUUAUAUUACAUUACAAAUAUAAUUUUGAUACCAAACCUUUGUCAACCUAGUUUUGCACCUCCUGUGCGACGGUCGCUUCAACAUAUGGUAAUUGCUCGCGCGAUCCGCUCAAAAUAUUAGUUCGCGCAAACCGACCGGUUUUGCUCAAAAUUGCUCAAACUGUUAACGUGCGCUCAAGAAAACGCGAUGGUCCUCGAUGGGAUAAUUGGCUCGUUGCGUAUAAAACAUUACGUAAAACUUACACCGGUCUUAUUUAUUUAGACGUACGACGCUGUAUAUUUACGUUGGAGGUAUUUUGCUGGCCAGUUUGCGUACUGGUAUUAAAUAAAUGAACAUGCCGAUGCUGACGAAACUGAUUCAACAGGUAAGAAUCCGGGUACCCAAACAACAGUUCAAAAAUUGAGUAUCCGGAUUCUUAUAAUCUAAUCAAAGUUGUAUGGCCACGGACGCAGAUAAUAUCUCCUCUUCGUUUUUAAAACGGGUAUAUACAUUGAAGGCAUUCGCCCAUUCCUAAAGCCCGUCUUUGAUUUUUGAACGGUCGUUUCGCCGAUACGCAACUCAUUGAGGGCCAAUGACCAACACCGACAAAAGCUUCGUUCGAAAUAAGAGAUGCUGCGCUAUAGCCAUUCUUCGCUGAAAAUGCCGAUUUAUUAUUAAUAAUGCGAUCGGCACACUUCUUAUUAGGAGUCAUGAAAACUGUCACCUUAAGACAAGACAGCAAUAGGAAAAUAAAUUUCUCCGUAAUUAUAGGGACUCAAAAUAUUAAGCCUUGAUUCCUCCUCGUCGCAGCGAAUAACACUUGUCAUUUCGAACCCACCAAUAAAAUCGAAUAUGCUCUCAUUUCAAAAAAAUUGAGCAAAAUGUUAUUAUGGAAGCUCGUAUACAAUAAAAAAUGAUGCCCGGCCUAUUAAACGUUUUUUAUUCGAAAAAAUUCCAUCUAAUUCGUAAAAUUAACUAAAAUUUUUAAUUUUUUAGCGAACUGCAAAACUGAUAUUUAAUAACUACAAAUUUUUUAUAAAAUCUUGCUAAUUGGAAUAAGCAUGUUUAGAAAUUCAUUUAAUUUUCAAAGUUUAUAUUUUAAAUUUGUGAUAGAAAACUGCACAGGAAACAUGAAAAAACAAAUUCAUUAUUCAACUCUCUUCAGAUUAUGCGUAGUGAAGAAAAUCAAGCCAACAAUACUUCAGGCAGCUGUUAGAAACCGCAGGGAAAAAGCUGUUUGCCAAUUUUUAAUGUUUUUACUCAUAAUUUACUUUUCGUUUUUUGUUAAAUUGUGUAGUUAUGAAGCGGUUUUUAUUAUUUAUUUUAAAGAGUAUUUAAACAUAGUGUAAAAAUUGAACUGAAGUGGCUUUUACUUGAUGAAAUUCCAUUUAUCAAAAUAAAUAAGAACUAAAAGUUCGUAUUUUCACGAAAUUAUAUAUUUUUACAUGACGAUCACGAAAUAUAUAAUUUUGUGAAAAUUUGAACUUUUAGUUCUUAUUUAUUUUGACUUUUUAAACAUAGUGUACAUCAAUAAAAAAAUUAUUUAUAAGAAAAUUGUUUCCACAAUUAAAAAAAAAAAAUUACUCCUGCAUAAUGGCAUAACUUUUAAUUGUAAACAACUUUUAUUGAAAAUCCACUGUUUAUAGGAGAAUGUCGUCACGAUUCUAAGAAUCUUGAGCAACUUCAAAAUGGAGGCAGCUAAAAGCCUGAACGUCCGUGGUCUGUUUUUAUGACAAAAUGUGACGAAUUAAGUGAAGAAAAAAAAAACAGCAUUUUCAACAUUGUAUGUUUCAUUUAUUUGGUACCUGGACGCUUGUGUGUAGAUAUAUUUCGGUAGGCAGUGGCGCCACAGGUGGCAAAAGAAACUUGUAAUUUUCGUCUUGGAAAUAAAGAAAAAAAAUGCAAACCAAA